CUGGUAGUGUGGUUGCAAGUGAUAACAUCAUUCAUAACAAAUGACUACGAGUGACAAAGAGUGGUUGUGUAAGAAGUGUGGAAAUUGUGUUCAGUUUUUUAUUUAAUUUUUUUUUUAAUUUGGGUGUGAAGCAUAGUCUAAACUAUUAUAUUCUCCGUUUAUCGGCACCAAAACGUUUGACAUGAGUGGAAAAUACACAUGUAUCACUUGUCGUGUUGCGUUUAGCAGUGCGGAAAUACAACGAAUGCACUAUAAGACUGACUGGCAUCGAUAUAAUUUGAAAAGAAAAGUUGCAGAGUUAUCGCCUGUGACAGCUGAGGAAUUUCAGCGAAGAGUACUGCAGCAGAGGGAAGAAGAUAAUGAUUUAAAUAAGAACUGUUCUUUUCAUUGCGAUUCUUGCAGAAAGCUUUUUAACACUAAGAAUGCUUAUGAAAAUCAUUUGAAUUCGAAAAAGCAUCAAGAAAGUGUACUAACUAAUAGUUUUAGCAGUCCAGGAACCCCAGAAAAGAAGAAACCUGAAAAUGAUACAGAUUCUGAAGAUUCCGAGAUCGAAGAGGUUGAUUCAGACGAAUGGGACGAAGAUUCUGAAGAUAACCCAAUACUGAAUAAUAAUUGCUUAUUCUGUUCACAUCAUAGCAGAAACUUAAUGAAAAACUUGAAGCAUAUGUCUGUUGCUCACUCGUUCUUUAUACCAGAUGCUGAAUACGUUGUCGAUUUGAAAGGUCUCUUAAUGUAUCUGGGUGAAAAGGUUUCACAAGAUUUUAUGUGCCUUUGGUGCAAUGAUAGAGGCAGAACAUUUUAUUCUGCUGAAGCGGCAAAGCAACAUAUGCAAGACAAAGGUCAUUGUAAAAUGUUGCACGAGGGUGAAGCACUGACAGAAUACGCAGAUUUCUAUGACUACAGCUCAAGUUAUCCUGACCAAGAUAAAGAUCCAGAUGAAGAAGUGGAUAUCACAGCUUUAGAUGAUUCUGAUUACCAGCUUGUUUUGCCUUCUGGGACAGUAAUAGGUCAUCGGUCUCUCUUGAGAUACUACAAGCAGAACUUGAAGCCGGAAAGUGCAGUUGUGACGCCUCACCAGAAGAAGCUUCACAGAGUUCUGGCACAGUAUAGAGCUCUAGGUUGGACAGAAACACAGCAGGAACUGACUGCAAGGAAAGCCCGGGAUAUACAUUACAUGAAACGACUGCAAGCAAAGUACAGCACCAAACUGGGUAUGCAAAACAACAAGCUGCAGAAGCACUUCCGGCCACAAGUCAACUUCUGAGAUGUUGGGUGUCAGUUGGAUCAGUGCUGGAAUGUCUUCAAUUUUUUGUGUGUGUCUAACUGAACAGUAAUUGAGCUAAGAUUGCUUUGAACUAGUGUGAGAAAGUUGUGGGUGCUGCAGAGUCAUCAGAUGUGAGAGUGGUUUUUUGUCAGUACAGAGCCAUACUGUGCAUUUCAAACAACAGCACCCCCCACAGAGAAUAUUCGAGACAGUGAUAAGUUUGCCAUUCAUGUAUGGUGUGAUGAGUUGCAACCAGGAUUUAAAUACAAGUAGUUUUUAUAUUUGGACAGUGUAAUUAUCAAGCAGUUAAAGGUGUUUGCAACAUUCUUUCAGUUAGUACCCUGAAGAUGGGUUCUUAUAUUCUGAGCGGUACUCUGUCAUAUGUUACUUCUAAUUGUUCAUAGUAGUAUCAUUACAAUUAUGUUAACUGUGUUUGCUUUUACAUUACCUGAAUUGUUGCACCUCAUUUAAGUAGCUGUAAAUGUAUAUAUGAAACUGAUGUAUAUCACAUAUUGUUUAUUUAUUGUGAGUGGAAUUGUAUGUUGAAAAACAACUCCCCAAUCUGUAGACAAGGUGCUGAGCUGUAGGGAGAUCAUGGGUG